CUGCAGCUUUCCAUUGUUCUCCAUGUUUCUCUUUUUUAGGAGCUGCGGAAUCUGGUUUCUAAACAUCCAAACCUGGUGAUGGUGAAGCUAGACGCCGUGAAUCCAGCAAGCAUUGAGGAAGCAACCCGGAGGGUUGAGGAGCAGCUGGAUGGCUCGGGCCUGAACCUGGUAAUAAAUAACGCUGGCAUUUUCUCCGACGUGUCUCUGGCAACGGUGGAUUCCGAAGAGAUGCUGGGUGCCUACAAGACUAACGUGGUUGGGCCAAUGUUGGUGGGCCAGGCGUUCCUGCCCUUGCUGAAGAAGGCUGCCCAGGGAAGUAGCCAGAAAGGGCUGAGCUGCAGCAAGGCAGCCAUUGUCAACAUCUCCACUGUUCUGGGAUCCAUCGAGAGAGUCCCUGAGACGUUCUCCAACCCAGCCAUCUCCUACCGCUGCAGCAAGGCUGCUCUCAACAUGCUGACCCAGUGCCAGGCGCUGAGCUACGCAGAGGACGGGAUUCUGUGCGCUGCAGUUCACCCCGGCUGGGUGCAGACAGACAUGGGCACCCAAGAGGCCGACCUGCCCGUGGAUGAAAGCGUGCGGGGGAUUCUCACCGUGCUUCCUACCCUCUCCGAGAAACACAGCGGGAGCUUCUGGAGCUGGGCAGGGAAGACUAUUCCCUGGUGAGAGAGCAGCACGGUACGUGGGCUGAGAGCAGUGCACCGGGUGCCAGAAGUCCUGCGGCCCGAGAGGGGAGGCCAUGACCUCAGGCAGUUCCCGGCUGCACAUGCUCCAUGGACGGUGGGUUCCACACAGUCAGUGUGAUCCGCAGAUGGGCCCAUGAGCUCCCUGUAGCUGAGUCACUAAUAAAUACCCUGAGACACAGA